AUGGUCGAAGACAAAGGUUUUAAAAACAUGGUCAGUGUACUAAACCCUGGAUAUACACUUCCGUCAAGAACUCAUUUUACAAAACUGGUGGAAAGGAAGUACCAGGAGGCGCUUAAAAAUGUAAAGGGUGCCAUCAGCGCUGCCACUAGAAUUGCCCUAACUGCGGACAUAUGGAGAAGCAUAGCAACUGAGGCUUACCUUGGCAUUACAUGCCAUUACAUUGGGGCUGACUGGAAAAUGCAUUCUAUCUGCCUCACUAUCAUGCCUUUAGAAGACAGGCAUACUGCAAAAAACAUUGCAGAAUGGUUGGAGGAGGUUGCUGCAAAAUUUGAAAUUAAGCCACAAAAAAUUAUUGCCAUUGUGCAUGACAAUGGUUUAAAUAUUGUGGCUGCUGAAAACAUCCUAGGAGGGAAGCAUGGAUGGACCAGUAUCCGCUGCACUGGUCACACCUUGCAGCUGGUCAUCAAUGCUGCAUUAAAGAAUUCUGGAAUAGAGAGAGCCGUCAGUGCUGCAAGAGGACUAGUAGAACAUUUUUUAAAAAGUGAACUCGCCAGCAGCAAGUUGAAGGAGAAGCAGAAGCAAAUGGGAACAUCUGAGCACAAGCUUCUUCAAGAUGUUAGCACAAGGUGGAAUAGCACUUACUAUAUGGUCGAGAGACUCAUUGAGCAAAGGUGGCCGGUAACAGCAGCUCUAUCAGAUCCAUCAGUCACUCAAAGAGGCAAACACUAUCUGGACUUAAAACCAGAUCAGUGGAGUAUUCUAGAAGAACUCUCCACUGCUCUCAAGCCAUUUGAGUGUGCUACUGUAUACAUGAGUGGCCAAGAAUAUGUCACUCUGUCUUCUGUGCCUGCGCUUGUGAAGGGGCUUUUGCGGUCCAAUGAGGGUGCUUCUUUUGAGUCGCAUGCACUGAAGAGCUUCCAAGCCACUGCAGCAGACCAGCUCCAAACCAGAUGGAAGGGGAUCCUUUUUGAAAAGGUCCCAAAUUCAGUAAUCCUUGCCUCUGCCCUGGACCCAAGAUUUAGACGACUCAAAUUUUUAACGACAGAGCAAAUUAUAACUGUCCAUGCAAAAGUGCAGACAGAGGCGCUUGCUGUAAGAAGAGAGAUGGUGCGCCAGCAAAAUACAGCUACGCCUGGAAGUACAGUUGCUGAGCCCUCCACAUCUGCAGCAUCUCUACUUGACUCACUCCUUGAGUCUGGGGGUAGCAGUGAAGAGGAGACUAUUGAGGGGCAACAUGAGGAGGACAUUAAUAUACAAGUUAGGAAUGAAAUCCAAACUUAUUUUGCAGAGAAGCCCCUUGCCAAGGAAGGAAACCCUUUGAGUUGGUGGAAAGGUAACCAAGAAAAAUAUCCUGCCUUGGCAAAACUAGCAAAAUCCUACUUGUGCAUACCAUGCACCUCCACACCAUCAGAGCGACUCUUCUCUGAAGCAGGCAACAUAACUUCUAAAAUGAGAGCCAGCCUUAGUCAAGAUCACAUGGACAUGUUAACAUUUUUAUAUUCUAAUGCAACGUUUCUGGAACAGUGA